AUGGAGAGCAUGAGGGGCAUCUUGCACAAGACGAGCGUCCAGGAAGCCCAUGAGCGGCAGGCAGCAGCUUUCGGACCGCCAUCAGUGGCUGGGCAGAAGAGGGACUGGUCUACGAGCCUCGAUGAUGCGGAAAGAAAAGACUCGCCUUUUGGAUCGGGCUCUGGCUAUGGCUCUGGCUUCGGCUCUGGCUCCGGCUUGGGCUUUGCUCCCGCUUCAGCCUCCCAAGGCCCCGUCCGCUUCCAAAAGGCCCUCUAUCUUCCCCAAACCGCGCCCAGACUCUCUGCCAGCAGAAUCGUCACGGCCAAUGCCUCCGAAGAUGCUUCCGAGUAUACCCAGCGGCGCAUAUUUGCCGCCACGCCGUCCUCUUCCAUAGACCCCGAGCUCAGCCUUGCCCAUCCAGUAUAUAAACUCCCGCCUCAACUUGUCCAUAACUUUGCUUCCCUUGGCAUUAAGCAAAUAUACCCAUGGCAGAAGAGCUGCCUCAAAGGACCAGGCUUGCUCACAGGUGAUAAGAACUUGGUUUACUGUGCUCCCACCGGCGGGGGAAAGUCGCUAGUUGCUGAUUUGCUCAUGCUCAGAAGGAUAAUCGAAGAGCCCGAGACCAAAGCCCUCCUUAUCCUCCCCUACGUUGCCCUUGUGCAGGAAAAGGUUCGCUGGCUUCGUACGGUCGUUCAGGGGCUCGCCCCGAAUAUUGAUCCUGGAGUGUUGGAGAAGCAAAAAGCCAACAGCAUAUGGCGGCUUCGCCCAGAUCACGGUUCGCUCAGGGUCGUCGGCUUUUUUGGCGGCGGCAAGAUCAGGUCCACAUGGCAGGACUUUGACAUUGGCAUAUGCACUCUGGAAAAGCUGCGAGCCGUAGUCCUCGAUGAGCUUCACAUGAUUGACGAUGACCACCGCGGAUACCUUCUAGAGCUGAUUGCAACCAAACUGCUGAGCUUGGAGCAGCCCAUUCAGAUCAUUGGCAUGAGUGCUACUUUACCCAAUGCGAAUCUGGUCGCGCAGUGGCUCAACGCACAUUCUUAUGAAACCAGAUAUAGGCCAAUACCGAUCGAAGAGCACUUGGUUUGCGAAGGGAAAGUCUACCACAUCGGGACCAACGGCGCUACGGCGCACAAACAUAUAAAAGUCGAGGAGAUAUCCCAAGGUCAAGUCAUACCCACAAGACAUAUUGAAGCAUCUGACCACAAAGAAUUCCGCGACCCGGUUCUGAAUGCGGUGGUGUCUCUGGCCUACGAGACUGCCAUGAUGGGCUACGGCUCGUUGAUUUUCGCCGGUAGCCGAAGCAUCUGCGAGUCUGAUGCUCGUCUUAUCAGCCGAGUGAUGCCUCAGCCGCAUGAUCUGGACAGCGCAACCAUGGACAAGCGGAUGGAUCUCCUGAGCGAACUGCGCAGUCUCAGCACCGGGGCUGAUCCCGUGUUAGAAGAGACCGUGCUGUCAGGUGUCGCGUUUCAUCGUACGUCUCUUGCCUUCGAGGAGCGAGAUCUCAUCGCCGAAGCGCCUGCUCGAAGGGUAAUACUGCAUAAUGCAAGGAUGGGCCGCGAGUAUGUCGGCCCUUCCAUGUUGCGGCAGAUGAGAGGCCGCGCCGGAAGGCAGGGCAAGUCACCUGUUGGUGAGACAUACUUGUGCUGUCGCCAAGACGACCUGGAGCAGGUCUUAGAUCUCAUGUAUGCGGAUAUUCCAGAGAUUGCCAGCUGUCUCAACACCGAGAACAAGCGGGUACAACGGGCUAUUCUGGAGGUCAUCUCCGUGCGCUUGGCGAAUAGCCACGAUUCCCUCCUCGACUACUUUUCAAAGUCCCUCAUCAGCUAUACUCACGAUCGAGAGUUUGUGGAAACCUGUCUCAGGUCGGGGCUGGAGGAGAUACACGACCUGGGCCUGAUUGUCAACGACUCUUAUUCAAGCUUCACUGCUACGCAGCUGGGCAGAGCCAUAGUUGCCUCCUCGGUUGAUCCCUACGAUGGGGUCUUCAUACACGCCGAGCUUACGAAGACGCUCAAAGCGUUUGUGAUGGAUGGCGAGAUGCACAUCCUCUACGUCUUUACACCCGUCCAGGAUUUUGGCAUAGUCGUCAAUUGGCAAGUAUUCCGCAACGAAAUGGAUGCUUUGGACGAAAGUGGGCUCAGAGUCCUUCGUUUCCUGGGGAUCAAACCAACAGACGUGCUCAAAUUCGCUCGUGGCGUGCCUCUUAAGGAGAGUACGCCCGAAGAGAAGGAGUUGGCGCGCGUAUACCGUCGAUUCUACCUUGCCCUUCAACUACGAGACUUGUGCAAUGAGAUGCCCAUACACGUCGUCGCUCGCAAGUACGAUUCGCCUCGAGGCUCCGUUCAGACCCUUGCACAGACAUGUCAGGGCUUUGCGGCCGGCAUGAUUAAGUUUUGCGAACAGAUGGGAUGGGGUGUCAUGGCUGCUGCGCUGGAACACUUUUCAGACAGGCUCAUGGCCGGCGCAAGGACAGAUCUCCUGGCCCUCGCCAAGAUCCCCUUCAUCAAGAGCAGAACAGCUCGCGUCUUCUGGGAAAACGGCUACCGCACCGUCGGCGCCAUCGCAAACGCCGAUCCCAAAGAAUUAGUCCUUGUGUUGAUGCAGGCUCAACCGAACAAGCUACGGAUCAAGGGGAAGGCCGACGAGAGAUACGAAGAGAAGUUGCUUGCCAAGGCAAACGUCAUCUCAGCUUCCGCGAAUCGACUAUGGCAGGUCCAGUUGCAGGCGGAAAUAGCCGAAGAAUAA